UAUCGAUAAACCAGAAACAAAUAUUGAAUUCUGUGCGGACGACGAAGAAUAAGUGAACAUUGGGUACACUGUCUUCCUGGGUGCAACAGUUGUCAAUAAAAUGGCGCAAAAACCGCAGGCGCGGUCGUCAGGCAAGCCGCAGGACUCUGGCUUCCUGGCACGUGAAGACUUCGAUGGUGGGCCUGUCAGCAUUGAUGAAAUCGAGACGGGCUUGUUUCUGGGAAACUUGACGGCGGCCACGCAUAUGGAAACACUGAAGUCGUUUAAAAUUACCCACAUCCUGACGCUUGAUUCGGUACCACUGCCGCAGCACAUUUUAGAGGCUAGCUUCCUCACAACAAAAUACAUUCAAAUUGCUGACAUGCCGCGCGAAGACAUCCUGCAGCAUCUAGAAGGCUGCGUGAACUUUAUUAGCUCAGCUGUGGAUCAGCAGGGCAAUGUGCUUGUACAUUGCUAUUUUGGAGUAAGCCGUAGCUCCUCGACGGUUAUUGCAUACAUGAUGAAACGACACAAUCUGAACUUUCAACCCGCCUACGAGCUGGUGAAGGCCAAGCGACGCUUUGUGCAACCAAACUCAGGCUUUAUUACUCAACUGAAGCUGUUUCGGCGCAUGGGAUGCAAAAUCGACCCCAACUACCAGCGAUAUAAAAUGCAUCGGCUGCGCCUUGCUGGGGAGCAAAUGCGGAAGGCCAAGAUUCUACCGCAGAGUUUCCACAGCGUUGUGCGUCCAGAUCCAGACAUAACACGCGAAAAUCCCGAGCCAAUUGUUUUUCGUUGUCGUCGUUGCCGUCGCGUUCUGGCUUCCAAGUCUCAUGUCCUCGAGCACAAACCGCGCGACAGGCCCCAUCGUGAGGGAACAGCGACGGCUGUCCCAAAUGACGAUGUCAGCGGACAGACUCCAGCGCCGGCCGAGACCCAGCCGAACAACAUAAGCGCACCCCGACUCCUGGAUCAGGUUGCUGAGCGCAUACGGCAAUCCUCACUGGGCUCGCCAGGUCACGAGAGCACACCCAAUCAUUGCCGCAGCAUUUUGUUUGUAGAACCAAUUGCCUGGAUGCACCGCAUUAUGCUCAACACCCAAGGACGUCUGUACUGCCCCAAGUGUGAGCAAAAGCUGGGCAACUUUAGCUGGAUCAAUGCCUGCCAGUGUCCUUGCGGCGAAACAUUGUCGCCGGCUUUUUAUUUGAUACCUUCCAAGGUGGAACUCUCCAAGGCCGUUCAGAAUGUUCAGACGACAGUUUAAUUGGCAUUGGCCGAUGAAAUGGAAUGAAAUGGCGUUAUCAGCAUCAGUAGAACCCUGAGUCAAAGAAAAUUUAAAAAUAUUCUUAUUGUCUUCCACGCUGACAACAUUUUUGGAACAGCUCACCUGAUGCACAGAAACCAAACUCCAAUUUUUAUAGCUAGCAAAUUAAAUCUACUGAUUUCUUAUGAGUAUAUGGAGACAAACAUACAUUUGGGGAAAGCUUAUUGGAGAAUACUAUGAUACAAAAAAUAUUGAAGUGCUGUUGUGUUGGAUAGUACCAUCUACAGAACUACACUAAUUACUUAUAAACUUACUUAUAGUUGAACCUUUUGGAAACGGAUUUUUCGCUGAAUAUGAAACAAAAACCUAUUACCGGGGAUAAUAUUUACGUUUACGCUAUCAAUUUUGCAUGUUAAAGAUUAAUUUGUCAGCCAAUACUGUAUCUGGGCGGGCUCGCAUGAAUGGAUUAAAACGUGGGAGAGUCAGAUCACAAGAAACUGGCAGAAAACCAUGGUUUCUCUUACAUGUGUACCUACUGGUAUGAGUUUAGACUCUAAAUAUUCGCAUAAGCCUAUAGAUAUCGAUGUGCUUUGACCAGUUGUAUUAAAUCAAAAUGAAGUUAUUUCUUUUUCAUUCAAAUUA